AUGGCCAAGGAUGAAGUCACACCCGUGGACGAUAUUGCACACGAUGAUCAGAAGGCUCGAGGAGAAGGCAUCAGCUAUGAAGCGGAUCUCGUCCUAGACCCGAAGGAGACGACUGUGACAGACUUUGAGAGCGUAGACUCGACAGUCGCCAAAAACGCCGACAGUGGACCUGAGCUACCUGGAAAGCAAGGAGUCUUGGGCAGCUUCCAUGAUUGUACCCCCAGGAGCAUCGACUGCUGGUUCUUCCUUCAUACGUGUAUUUUCUAG